AUUGGGGCGAAACCACCCAAUUCUGCACUUUUGCCGGGAAUAUCUGUAGCCAUUUCGACUGACCCCGCUAGAAUCAGAGUCGUGUUUCCCUUAACAGACCUUUAUGUGGAAGAAUUUCUGAUAUCCGGAAGUACUCAAGCAUGGAUCCUUUUCAAGACCAAGGAUUUAUUACUGCAUACAAAAGUUUGCCAGAGAAACCAAAUACCACCAUUAGAUUCUUUGACAGAUCUGAAUAUUAUACAGUUCAUGGACAAGAUGCAGUGUUUGUCGCCAAAGAAGUCUAUAAGACGAUCGCUGUCAUUAAACAUUUAGGAAUAGGGGAGAACAAGCUGGAGUCUUUGACAAUAAGCAAGCUGAACUUUGAAUCACUCGUCAAAGAGUUAUUGCUGAUUCGUCAAUAUAGAGUUGAAAUCUUUAAAAACAGACCUGGAGCUAAGAGUAAUGAAUGGGUGAUAGCAUUUAAGGCCUCGUCUGGAAAUUUAACCCAGUUUGAAGACAUUUUAUUUGGAAACUCUGACAUUCCUCAAUCUGUAGGAAUCUUGGCUUUGAAGAUUGGAACAGAAAAUAAUGAAAAGAUUAUUGGAAUUGGAUUUGCUGAUGUCAUGUUGCGAAAAUUACUAGUUGCAGAAUUUGUGGAUAAUGACCAGUUUUCAAACCUAGAGGCACUGAUUAUUCAGUUAGGAGCCAAAGAGUGUGUAGUUGGAGCAGGUGAUUUACAAACUGGAAAGCUGAGACAGGUUCUAGAGAGAAGCAAUAUUCUUGUAACAGAAAGAAAAAGAGGUGAUUUUUGCAGCAAAGACGUGGUGCAAGAUUUGAAUCGUUUGCUGAAAUGCAAGAAAGGACAGCAGAUGAACAGCUCAACAUUGAGUGAAAUGGAAAAUAAAGUGGCUGUAGAGGCAUUAUCUGCAUUGAUCAAAUACUUAGAGCUUUUAUCAAGUGAAGAUUAUUUUGGGCAAUUCAGCUUGGGAUCAUUUGACUUUAAACAGUAUAUGAAGCUGGAUUCUGCUGCAGUGCGAGCUUUGAACUUGUUUCCCUCCACUUCUGAUGGUAACAAGAACCAGAGUGUUCUAGGUUUACUGAACCGGUGCAAGACCACACAGGGACAGCGACUUCUGGCUCAGUGGAUAAAACAGCCUCUGGUAGACGUCAACCUUAUUGAAGAACGGCAGAAAAUUGUUGAUUUUUUUGUGAAGAACACUGAAUUAAGACAGCUGGUGGCUGAAGACCAUCUUAGAAGGAUACCUGACUUUCAAAGAUUAGCUCGAAAAUUUCAACAAAGAAAGGCUUCACUUCAAGAUUGCUACAGAGUCUACCAGGCUAUUGAUAAAUUACCACUGCUGAUGGACACAUUAGAAAAACAUAGCGCAGGAAUCGGUAGUCUUGUAAUGGAAAUAUUUGUUAAUCCAACGAAAGAAAUAUUGAUGGAUUUUUGUAAAUUUCAAGAAAUGGUGGAGGAAACAAUGGAUCUUCAGCAAGUAGAAAAUCAUGAGUUUGUUAUCAAACCAGGAUUUGAUGAAGAACUACAAGCACUUUCCCAAAGAAUCAAUGAUUUAGAAGAUAGGAUUAAAAGUCAACUCAACAAAGUUGCCAGAGAUUUAGGAGUUGAAGCAAACAAAGUACUUAAGCUGGAGAGCAGUAGUCAGUUGGGGUACUUUUUCAGAGUAACUAGAAAGGAGGAAAAAGCACUGAGAAAUAACAAGAACUAUACAACAAUAGAUACCAAAAAUAGUGGAGUGCGCUUCCACAACAAUGCUGUGAAAGAGCUCAACGAGGAGUACCUGAAAGCUAAAGAGGAGUACAGUGAGCAGCAGAAAAGUAUAGUAGCAGAAAUCAUUUCUAUUGCAGCUGGAUAUUGUGAAACCAUGUUCAUGUUGAAUGAGUUGAUUGCUCAGCUGGAUGUGUUGGUCAGUUUUGCUGUUUCAGCAGCAAGUGCUCCAAUACCAUUUGUUUGUCCGAAACUUUUGAAUAAAGGCAGUGGGAAAAUUCAGCUGAUUGAAGCCCGCCAUCCAUGUCUGGAAUUGCAGGAAGAUAUCUCUUUCAUACCAAAUGACAUCAUAUUUGAAAAAAAUCAGCAAAUGUUUCAUAUAAUCACUGGUCCAAACAUGGGUGGAAAAUCAACAUACAUCAGAUCUGCUGGAGUCAUAGUUCUUCUGGCACAGAUUGGGUCCUUUGUUCCGUGCAGUGAAGCCACAGUGACUAUUGUGGAUAGCAUUCUAGCUCGCGUUGGUGCAGGAGAUAAUCAGGUUAAAGGGAUAUCAACAUUCAUGGCAGAAAUGCUAGAAACAGCUUCUAUAUUAAAGUCUGCCACAAAAGAUUCUCUUAUCAUUAUUGAUGAACUUGGAAGAGGAACAUCUACCUAUGAUGGUUUUGGAUUGGCAUGGGCAAUAUCAGAACACAUAGCAGCUGAGAUCAAAGGAUUUUGCCUAUUUGCUACACAUUUUCAUGAGUUAACUACUCUUGCUGACAAGAUUCCUGGCGUUAACAACUUGCAUGUAACAGCUUUGACGUCCAAUGAAACACUGACGCUUCUCUAUCAAGUGAAACAAGGGCCCUGUGACCAGAGCUUUGGAAUUCAUGUGGCAGAAUUAGCUCAUUUUCCACGGCAUGUGAUUGAGUUUUCAAAGAAGAAAGCAUCAGAACUGGAGGACUUCCAGUCAGUUGAAUUGGAAACUUCUCUGAAAGGAAAUGAUGAGCCAGUUGUGAAGAAAAGGAAAAUAGAAAAGGAGGAAGGUGAAGAAAUCAUCGGAAAAUUCCUGGGUAGUGUGAAGAAGAUGUCCAACUCCAGCAUGUCAGACCAGGAUAUUAUCUGCAAUUUGAAAACCUUGAAGCAGCAGGUUCUUGAUCAAAAUAAUGUUUAUGUUGGAGAUGUUCUGGCCAAGAAAAAUUAAAGUCUCAAAGGGAAUGUUAUGAAUAAAAUUGAUAUAAUACAUGUAUAUAAUAAAUCUUGAUUAAUUCA